AUGUUUUUUGAAGUAGCAAACUCUUACUUUCCAAAUCAUUUUCCAGAAUAUGUUGACAUUCAUUAAGGGAAUUAUAAGAUGAGCAUUCAAUAAAUAAGAUUUGAGAUUUACUCAAUAACAAGAGCAUAUGCAAUAAAGCCUAAAGUAGGCAAGGACCUAAACAUAGCUUACUAUUUAAAAAAUUUGAGAGAGUCUUAAAAAAGUAAAAAAGCUAGAGAAGAUGCACUUAAAGCUCUUAAACUUUGUAGCAGCUGUAUGAAUGUCUCUCAGUUCAAAAUAGUAAUAUAUAUCUAUAAGUUUUAUCUUCGCUUCUUCUCUAUUGUACCGAGAUCAACUCCAAUAAUUAGGAAGAAUCAUAAAAAUAUUUUGCAGCUUAAUUAAAGGAUAAAAUUGAUUUAAAAUUUAUAACUUACUGCAAUAAUUUUUAAUCAAUUCAUUUCAAAAACAAAUUUAUAAAAGUAAAACAGAUUCUAUUUUUUUUUUUUGAUAAUAGUUAAGAAUUAUCCAAAACGAAUAAUUUGUUGUGACAGUUAAUUUUAUAAAUAAACUAUUACAGAAUUAAGAAACUUAUAAAUUACUGAGCAAGACUAUUAAAAUAAUUUAGCAAUAUAAAAAGGAAUUUUAGAUUAUCUUAUAUUUAAAUUAACUCUAGAAGAGUAAAUUAUUGAAAUGGAAAGAAUAGAUUUGGAAUUAAUCGAAAAGGAAUUUGGAGAAAUAUCUAUCGAAGAAACUGAUCCCUUAACUCCUACUGAAAGAAUUAUGAAAAUUAUAAAUGACUUUUCAAUAAAUAUUCUCAAUAACAAAAAUCUUAAUAAAAAUUAAUUAAAUAUUGAGAGAGAAAAGUAUGAGAUGUUAUUGUAAAAAUUAAGAAAAAUUAACUAAUAAAAUUGUGAAGUGGUAGAAUAACUUAAAUUACUAAUCAGUUGCAUCGAAAAAGUUGUUAAAUUAUUGUAAACUUCUGUUAAUUAAAACCUAAAUUUUUUUCAAAUACCAUUCAAUAAAAUAGUCAGUGAUUUAAAAGAGAAAUUUGAUGAAUUAAAAAAAAAAUAUAAAGAUAAGAACAAUAGAUAUGAUUAGAAUACUCUAGAACGCGAUACGUUCCAAAAUAUAAUUAGAAAAAAUUUAUCCAUCAUUGUUAAUAUUCUCUAAAUGCUAUUAAUAAAAAUAAGAUAAGAUAAGCAAAUGUUGGCCGAAUUCCUUGAAGAUGUCAAAAAUUUUACUAAAAGCCGUGAUUUUAUACAAGAACAUUACUAAGAAAUGUAUAAAAGCUUUUCAAAUUGUUUUGAAUAACAUAUAAAACUCCUUAAAUAAUCGCAAUUAACAACUGCUAAUUUAGAAUAAUAGGAAAAAGAAUCAAUUAAAGAAUACUUUUCAAGAAUUUAAAUCAACGCAUCGUAGAUUGAAAAAUAAUCAGACAACAAUAAUAGGUAAUCAACGAAUUUUAUUGAUUUUCUCUACAAGUUAAUGGCUGAAACAAUAAAAAAAUUAACAAUAUCUGAUAGGGAAUUCUAGGAAAUUUAAUUUAAUCAAGAAUAUCUAGUUCAAUUAACUAAAAAAAUCUUCCUACAAGAAAUCAAUGAGGAAUAUGAAGUCAAAUCAAAUCAAUAGGAUUAAUUCUCGAUAAAUUAAUAAAAAAAUGAUGAAUGGAAAAUUAAAUAGGGUUUAGUAUUAACUAUACUAUAGAUUUCAUUGAAUAGCUUUACAGAAACAAUUACUCAAUUUUGUUAAAAAACUCUCAUUUAAUUAUGGGUCUUAGAAAAAGAUUAAAGAGUUAGAAAUUUAUUGAAAAAUUAACACUUAAUAAGUUUAUAGAUGUAGGUUUUGUCGAAAGAUUGGUAGACUCAAAACAAUAGAAUUGCAAGAGAAAUGUAAUAAAUGCUGAGUAGAAUUGAUUUGUUGUAAGAAUAGAUCACUCAAGAAGUAAAUGCGAGCAAACGAGAGAUAUAAUUGAAAGAAAUGGAUGAAACCACUGAGCAAUUAGAUGAAUAUAUUCAAAAUAUCAGUGAAAUGGGAUAAUAACUUAACUUGAUAACAGACUUCGUGAAUCAUAUCAGAAAAGGUUUGACAAGAGUCGAGGGAAAAAUUAAUGAGAUGAAGAAAUAAUUAAACAGUUUGAGUAAUGACAUAAAGUUUCUUAGAGGAAAAUCAGUUGAAGAGCUUUUAGAUAUUAGAAAAUUGAAAGUAUUGAAAGAAGCAGCAAAUAAAAAUGUUAGGUCUAUUUAUGUACCAAUAAAGUCUUUGGAAAUAUUUCAUAAAUUGGAAAAAUAGGAAAAGAAAUUCCAAUUAAAUGAUUAAGAGGUAUAAAAAGAAGGACAUAAAUAAGAAUAUAAAGAAGGACAGGAGGAAGAAGGACAUAAAAAAGGAUAUAUAUAAAAACAUUAAGAAGAAGAUGAGGAAGGACAGUUAGAAGAAGAUGAGAAAGGAAAUAUAGAAGAAGAUGAGAAAAUAGAUGAAGAAGGAUAGAUAGAAGGACAUGAAGAAGAAGAUUAGGAAGGAAAUUUAGAAGAAGAUGAGGAAGGAUAUAUAGAAAAACAUGAAGGAGACGAGGAAGAAAAAACAAGUAUUUUGAUGAAUUUUUAAAAUUUAUACGAUAAAAAUGGGGAAGUUAAUGAGUUUUUAUUAAAUGAUAAAGAAACAGUAUUAUUAAUUCAUGGCUCAGCUGGAUCAGGCAAAAGUACUGCAGCUAAGAAAUUAGAAGAAUUUAUUUGGAAAUUACAUGAUAAUAAUUAAAAAAUUGGCGAUAAACUACUAAUACCAAUUUAUAUUUCAUUACCUUCUUUAAAAAAUCCUGUGUUUUAAGCAGUAGAGGAAGCACUUCAUCAAGAUCAGUAUGGUUUUGAUCUUCUCUAAUUGAAAGAAUGCAAAGAGAUGUUAGAAAAGAAAGAUUUUCGGUUUCUAUUGAUAAUGGACAGUUAUGAUGAGAUGAAGUUAGAAAAUAUUUAGAAAAACCUAUAUAUAAAUAAUAAACUGAAAUAGAAUUGGUCAAACCCACUUGUUAUUUUUACUACAAGAAGUGAAAUUUUUACAAGUAGUAAUUAUUCUCAAUGGUUUGAACCUGAAGAGAAGGAAAAAUUAAAAGAAAUCAAACUUCUAAAGUUUGAUUUUAAGUAAAUGCAAUAAUAUCUAGAAAAAUUUACAAUUUAAAGUGUUAAAAUGUAGAUUUUUGAAAUUUAUGAAUGGUAAACACAAAUUUCAAAAAGAGGAGUGAUUGAUAUCAAAAAGUUUGAAAUUUUUUGGGAAAAAUUGUAAUAAUUUCUAAAAAAAGAAAUAUCAGGGAUGAAAGGGGAGAAUCUAUUGAAUUAACAAUAAAUAGAUCAAAUUUAAUCGUUUUUGAAGAAUGAUGAGUUUAUAUCUAUAAAAAAUAAUGAUGCUUUAAGAAGUCUGAGCAUAAAUCUCCAAAAACUGUGGAGCGUAGAAAAGUACAACAAAAUGAUAAGGUAAAUCAAUUUAAAUAAAUUGGUCAUAACUCCUUAUAUGAUGGAAAUAGUAGUUUAAGUGUUGCCUGAAAUGAUUGUUAAAGCAAUUGAAAUGAAUAAUCUGAAAUCAAAUUUUAUAAAGAAUUUUCCAAAUAUGCUUAAAGAGUUCUACAUGUGCGAAUAGUUGAUCCAAAUAUAUCAAUAACAAUAGAAAAGCCUAUUGGCAUCAAACAAUAGAGAUGAAAAUUUCUAGAAAGUUGUUGAUGAUAAAAAAUUUGAAGCUACAUUGUUUGAUAUCAAAAAUUUAGAAAAACUAAACUAUCAAGAAAUUGCUCUCAAAUUUUGGGAUAAAAUAGAAGAAAAUUCAACUCUAAUAAAAGCCUAGAUUUCUUCAGAAAAUAUUGGAUUAAAGAUUUAACUUUUGAAGAUAUUAUAACAAAACCCUUAGGAAUUAGAUUAAUUAUUUGAUGAACUUGCAAUUCAAAAUGAAAAAAAAAGAGAAGCUGUUAUUGAAAUAAUUAUUGAUGUAUUAAAAGAUUUGAAUCUUACAAGUUAUGACUUUUAUGAUGAAUUUAUAAAUUAACAUCAUUUAAAAUAAAUACAAAAAUAGAAAAAAUUAGGAAAAUCUAUUAAUAUUGAUCGUUUUCUACAUGAUNUUAUGGUCAAUCAUUUUUUAAAACCUGUUAUUAUUUCCAGAACCAUAGGAAAUUAUUAGAGUAGUUUAAAGCAAUCUACUCAAAUCAUCUAUAAAUAUCACCAAGUAGUUUAGAGGUAAAAUGCCGCCCUCUCACGGUGGAGAUCCAAGUUCAAGUCUUUGGGUUGGUGA